AUGCAACCAAGACAACCUGCCAUUCAGCCUCGCAUUGCAGUUGCAGCUCCUCCAUAUCCUCAGCUUGUUCAUCCUUUCCCAUAUUUCAGUCAUCCACCAAUACAUUACCAGCCUCCUCCUCCACAACAAAAACAACAAACAAAAACAAAUAAAACAAAGAAUGUAAAUGCACAAAAACCUCGCGUUCAAAAAUCAGCGCCACAAUCGCCACCAAAGCAACUUGUCAUGAAAACCCAAUACCCAGCUGUACAGCCUCAACCAAAGUAUGUAAUUCCGCAGGUGCAUUUCCCGCCGCCGUUUUACCAACAACCCCAUUACUAUUAUCCACCAGUUUAUCAACCUCCUUUGCAACCACAGACAACUAAGCCAAAACCUACCACAACUACAACAACUACCACCACAACACCGGAACCGGAAAUGGAAUCAGAAAGUAAAUCGAAAUCAGGAACGCCAGUACCACAAGUUCCUUGUAACUCCUGGUACAUUGAUCGCGGCGUGUACAGAUGGUACCCAUGUCCGUUACCACCUCAACCUACGGCAAGGCCAACCCCACGACCAACCAAGCCACCUCGCACCACCACUGCCAGUCCAACUCCCUAUAUCACCCAGGAGUGUGACUACUGGUACAUCCAGAAGGGUGUGUACAAGUGGUACGCGUGUCCUACCCUGCCACCGCCAACCACCACACAGGGACUCUUCGAUUUCUUAUUCAACCCUCCUACUACCCUUUCACCCGUGAACAUAUUUCCGGUUGUGAAGCACAGUCCUGUGAAAGUGAAUAUUUAUCAUAAGGAGGUAGAGAGAGGUAGCUGA